AUGUCUAUGGAACAUAUCGAUAUUGGUCCUGAUUUUGUGGCUAUUGCUGGUAUCUUUUCUGAUCAUGCCUUUUUAGAAUAUUUGCAUAAUCAGUCAACUAUUGACUAUGUAGAGCCAAACCAAGUAUACAGCACCACUCAUAUGCAACCAUCUGUUAUUAAACAUCAAAUGAAUCAAAAACGAGAACUCAAGACAUCGCAGGCCGCAAAUUGGGGUUUAGCUCGUAUUAAUCAACGUCAAUUAGGUGAUUUAAAUGAAUAUCAGUUUGAUGACAUAUCGGGUGAAGGGGUUACAGUGUUUGUAUUAGACACUGGAGUUUAUGCAGAACAUAUAGACCUUGAAGGAAGAGCUAGCCAUUCCGCCAACGUAGUCAAGUAUGAAGAUGCUACAGAUAUGGGUGGACAUGGCACACAUGUAUCGGGUAAAAUUAUUGGCAAAGAGUAUGGUGUUGCAAAAGGAGCCCAGGUCAAAUCUGUAAAGAUUCUCAACAAGUCUGGCGAUGGUUCUACUUCCAGCUUACUUAGAGGUGUUCAACAUGUCAUUCAAAAUGCAGUUCCAGGCAAGACCCUAGUCAAUCUCUCUCUCAGUGGUGCCAAAUCAAAACUAUUAGAUGAAGCUUUAGAUAACCUUGUUUUGAAAUACAAUAUUCCAGUCUUUGUAUCUGCUGGUAAUGCUGGUACAGACUCUUGUUUCUUUUCCCCAUCUUCAAAUCCAAAUGUCUUUUCUGUUGGUGCCAUUGAUCGUAGCGAUAACGUACCCAAGUUCUCAAAUGUAGGAGAAUGUGUUGAUAUAUAUGCUCCUGGUCGAGACAUUGUCAGCACUUAUAUUGGUAGCGUUGAUUCUUCCAAGUCUAUGGACGGUACGAGUAUGGCUAGUCCUCAUGUAGCUGGUAUUGCAGCUAAUUUGAUGAGCAAGAAACAAUUUAAUACAGCACAGGAAGUUUAUGAUGCUUUGAGAGCUCUUGCAACAAGCGGCGUGGUUCAUUUUGAUGCUGUCAAAAGCUCUAGUCCUAACAAUAACUUAUUAGCAUUCAACGAAAUAUGA